AUGUCUGACAGUGGAGACAGCGAUGUUUACUGGGUACCCUAUAAGGAAAGGCCGGAAUGGAGCGAUAUAACUCCCGUUCCCGAAGAUGAUGGGAUUACACCAGUAGUGGUCAUUGCACAUUCCGAAAAGUUCAAAGAUGUCUAUGAUUACUUCAGAGCAGUGUUACAGAAGAAUGAAAAAUCUGAGCGAGCAUUACAUCUCACAAAGGAUGCCGUAGAACUCAACCCAGCAAAUUAUACCGUGUGGCAAUAUAGGAGAGAUCUGCUCAAAGAAUUAGACACAGAUUUAAGAUCAGAGUUGUAUUAUGUGGAAUGUGUCAUAAAACAGUCUCCAAAGAAUUAUCAGGUGUGGCAUCACAGAAGAGUGUUGGUUGAAUGGCUCCAAGAUCCUUCCCAAGAAUUGGAUUUGACGGGAGACACUCUAAUAUCAGAUCCUAAGAAUUAUCACGCAUGGCAACAUCGACAGUGGGCGAUCAAAACUUUUGGACUAUUUGAUAAUGAACUAGAGUUUGUCGACAAUCUUAUAUCAGAAGAUGUCCGCAACAAUUCAGCUUGGAACCAACGCUACUUUGUUAUGAACAAUCAUUUAGGAUGGUCAGAUCUUAAUGUACAGAAAGAGAUAUGUUAUACUUUAGAAAAAAUCAGAUUCAUCAAAAACAAUGAGAGCGCCUGGAAUUAUUUGAGAGGUGUCUUAUUACAUGACAAAAGAGGUCUAAGUGGUAAUGCCGUGGUGCUGUCAUUUUGUGAAGAUUUAUUUAAGAAUAGAUGCCAUUCGCCUUACCUAUUGGCAUUCAUUAUUGAUAUCUGUGAUGAAGUUAUAAAGAAAGGAGAGGCAAGUCUUAUGUAUGGACCAGAACGGGCCCUAGAGCUUUGUAAGGCACUCGCUGAUAAAUAUGACAAAAUUAGAACAAAAUAUUGGAACUAUAUGGCAAAUAAAUUCAAAGCACUCAUAGAUUUGAAAGCUACUUACUAA